AUGGAGGGGAUGCGGUUUUUGGUAUUAGUCAGUUACAGCAAGGUGAGGCGCCAGAGGGCGGACGCGGCGCUAGCGAGGGAGGAGGAGACGGCGGCUGUGUAUAGGCAUCCGAGUAGCAGGAGCAGCAGCACGAGCGUGGAUGAAUGGUGGCGGCAUCGCAGGGCGGAGGAGCCAGACUGGCAGCCGCUGCUCGAUCCGAUAGCGGAGGAGGAGCGACGGCCGCUGCUGGAUCCAAUACCGGAGGAGGGAGACGACGCCGCGGUCAAGGAGGCGCGUCUGAAUGCUGCCGCCGUGAAGAGGAAGAAACCUCGAAGAUCAGUCUCCUUGGCGGCCGCAAUGGCGGUGGCGCGCUCCUGGAUCAAAAGGUGAUCAUCUCUUCUCGCUCUCUAUUUCCCUCUCCGUCUCUCGAUAUGAGGAGGGGUUGUGAUUUUUUAGGAAUCUGGAAGAUAACCUCUGCUCCUUCCCAACCAACGCAGGGAAUUCGUCGUUGAAUGGGCUUCCCGACUUCCGUUCCAUGGAUCAUGAGAUUCUGAGCCGUACGAUAAAGGCAAGAUGA